UUCCCUAUAUAUAUUCAGAAAAGUCUAGCUAGGUCUCUCUAAUCCUAUCAAACAAUGGCUAGUUGCAAGCAUGUUUUCAUGUUGGCUUUAAUUGUAACAGUGUCUUUGUCUAACAUUAAUAUGAGCUUGGCAGCUCGUCAACUAUUGCAAACGCCUGCAGCUCCACCCCCAGCGUUGACGCUGCCUAAAAUUCCAUCUCUGCCAACAUUGCCUCCAUUGCCCUCAGUGCCAACACUGCCUCAAGCCACAUUGCCACCACUGCCUAGCACACCAUUGCCAACUUUGCCAACUCAACCACCUUUGCCAAAGCCCACAUUGCCACCAUUGCCAAGCACCCAGAUCCCAUCUCAGCCAACACUGCCAACUACCACAUCGCCACCAUUGCCAACUCUACCAAAGUCCACUUUGCCACCAUUGCCAAGCACCCAGAUUCCAUCUUUGCCAAAUCCAACUUCCCCAACCACCCCUACAGUUCCCAAGGUGACACUACCCCCUCUACCUGCUGCUACUCCAUUGCCCACCAUCCCAACCACAAUCCCUUCAAUCCCCACCAUUCCAACGACAAUUCCAACAAUUCCUUUCUCCUCCCCACCACCAUCAAAUUGAAUCACUAGUCCCUGAUAUGCCAAAUUCCCUUUCAUCUUCCUUCUAGCUUCAUCAUUGGAUGGUUCUCUGUACCACUAUUUGAAGCGUUUUUUAAAUGUGUGGUGGGAACCUGUUUGCCUUGGUUUUAUAUAUGUAAGUGCUUUUACAGGCGCGACUAGGUUUACGUGAAUUUGUUUGUCUCGGGGAGGAUUCUCAUGUAUUAUUUUCCAUUAUUCUAGAUUCAUUCUUCGAUUAUUUAAUACUUUUCAUUUUCACUUGGAGUGUUAUUCUUAUGAUUACCCAUAUGAAAUAUGAUUAUAUAUA